CCCUCCUACGGAAGUUUUCUUUCCCCUUAUUCAUCGGAAUCAUUUCAACGCCAUUAGAGAAAGAAAAACGCUCUCUGUUUCCGCCUUUCCUUCUCCUCUCUGUCUCUGUCUCUCUCUCUCUCUCUCUCUCUCUCUCUCCUUUCAUUCAAUUUCCUUCAUUUACUGUUAUUAUCUUCCCUCAUCUCAUGCGUUUCCUCAAUCACCAACUCUUCUUGUAGCCUUCCCCCAAUCCCCUCCGGAAACAGAGAGAAAAAAAGAGGAUAAAAAAUGGCUUCUGGGUUCCCCGGCGGAGGAGGAAUCGGCGGCGGUUCAGAUUUCUUGUCCGGCAGAUCGAUGAAUCCCAACUCGCAGACAAACAACCCUUACCGAACCCAGCUCUCCCAAAUGUUCCUCGACUCUUCUUCCCAGAUCGCCCAGCAGCAGCAGCGGUUCCACCAAUCGCCGGUGGCGAGUUACUUCGGGAAGAGAACCCUGUCCGAUUACCAGACUUCUUCUCAGCACCAUCUUUACCAACAGCAGCAAAGCCAGAGUAGUGGUGGCCUGAAUCCUUUCAACGCCCUCCUGGCUCGCUCCGUCAAGCCGAGGAUUUACCAGAACAGUAAUACCACCACCACAACUACUUCUCCGAUUUCGACUCAUUCACCCAUAGAAUUCUCCGCCAACAACUUCUCGCCUGAAUUGCCGGCGGUCUCUCAACUUCAUCAGCAGCAGCAACAACGCUAUGGGUUCCCGCUGCUUCAGCAAUUGAGGCCUCAGCCUAUAAAUACAGGGAGCCACAGCAAUAAUCCCCAAUUUCAAACUCUGCAGGGAGUUCCGUUUGCGAACUCGGUCCAGUCGACUCAGCCUGUUCAGAUGAGUCAGAAUAACAGGGGAAUUGGUUUUACAUCUGCUGCUGCCCCGCCGGCAGAGGAGUCGGAGAAGAAGAUGAUGAAUCGGCUUCAGGAGUUGGAGAAGCAACUUCUGGACGAUGACGACAACGAAGACGAGGAAGGAUCCGGCGGGGACGCUGUUUCCGUUAUCACCAACACCAACAGCGAGUGGUCGGAGACGAUUCAGAAUCUCAUCUCUCCUUCCUCUUCCUCCAGCCCCACCACCGCCAACAACAACAACAACAAUCAGAUUUCUCCUUCGCCCAGCCCGUCCUCGUCGUCUUCCACUACUUCUUCCACGACGACCUCCGCCGCGAUUUGCACGAGGCCGGUUUUAAUGGAGGCAGCGGCGGCGAUUUACGAAGGGAAGACCGACUCCGCGGCGGAGAUCCUGUCUCGUGUGGUUUCUAGCGGAGGAAAGGGGAAUUCGGAGCAGAGGCUGAUGGAUUAUUUAUACUCGGCGCUGAAAUCGAGAGUGAAUCCGGCGGAGAAUCCGCCGCCUGUGGCGGAGCUGUACGGCAAAGAGCACGCCGCGUCGACUCAGCUGCUGUACGAGCUCUCCCCGUGUUUCAAGCUCGGGUUCAUGGCCGCGAAUCUCGCGAUUCUCGAAUCCACUCUGGAGGAGGAGGUAGAAGAAGAACAAGAACAGGGGAAUACUACGAAGAUGAAGAAGAAGAAGAGUAACAACGGUUUCCACGUCGUGGAUUUCGACAUCGGGCAGGGCGGGCAGUACAUGAACCUCCUCUACGCGCUGGCCGAGCGUCUGAACGGGAGCCCCGCGGUGGUGAAGAUCACGGCGGUGCCUGACGGCAGCGGAGGAGAGGAAGAAAGGGAGAGGCUGAAUUCAGUCGGGAAAUCCCUCCGCCAGCUGGCGGAGGGGCUCGGGAUCGCGCUCCACUUCAACGUCGCGGCGGCGAGCUGUUGUAAACUCGGCGAUCUGAACCGGGAGUCGCUGGGCUGCGAGGCGGAGGAACCCCUGGCGGUGAACUUCGCGUUCAAGCUGUACAGGAUGCCGGACGAGAGCGUGACGACGGAGAACCCGCGGGACGAGCUGCUGCGGCGCGUGAGGGCGAUGGAGCCGCGGGUGGUGACGGUGGUGGAGCAGGAGAUGAGCGGGAACACGGCGCCGUUCCUGGCGCGCGUGAACGAGGCGAGCGGGUACUACGGCGCCGUGCUGGAGUCGAUCGAGGCGACGGUGGUGCAGGGGGAGGCGGAGCGUGGGCGCGUGGAGGAAGGCGUGGGGAGGAAGCUGGCGAACGCGGUGGCCUGCGAGGGAAGGGACCGGGUCGAGCGGUGCGAGGUUUUCGGGAAGUGGCGGGCCCGGAUGGGGAUGGCCGGUUUUCGGGCGAAGCCGCUGAGUCGGGCCGUGACCGAGUCGAUGCGGGCGAGACUGAACUCGACGAACCGGGCCAACCCGGGGUUCACCGUCAAGGAAGAUAACGGCGGGGCUUGUUUCGGUUGGAUGGGGAAAUCUCUCACCGUCGCUUCCGCUUGGCGUUAACUUCACUCACUCGCCCUUUUUUCUUCUUUUUGUUGGUUUUUUGCUCAUUUUCACCACCACCCCUCGUAUUGUUACUAGUACUACUACUAAUUGUCAUACUAGCGGUAAUUUCUCGAAGUUUCCUACCAAUGUGGAAAAUGCAAAGAGGGGAAAGGAGGGGAGCAAUAAAAGUGUUGUCUUCAUUGGAGGAAAAGACUAUGGUUUUGUGCCAAUUGGAAACUUGAUACAAUUCCUCAAUUCAAUCUAGCUUCAACUAUUGGAAACUAAAUGGGGGAGCGCAUCACAACGUCCACAAGUAAUUCGAUCAUAGGGACAUCCAUUUUGUUUUACGUUCCCUUUUGUAUCGCGGUUUGUGUCUCUUUCCAGUGUUUAUACUAUCAAAAGGCUUAAAAUUUAUUGUGAUGUCCUAUUUGCAGUGCAGAUUACUAAGUGUUUGAGAGGGCGAUAAUUUCCCAAAUCUAUGUGGCAGAGAUAUUGGGUUUGUUUAGUGGCGUUUGUUUGUUUUGAUAAUUGAGUUUGGUUUAGGGUUGGAGAAUUUUGUGUUUUGUUUGGGAGUGGAUUGGAAGUAUGUGUAUGUGUGAAUGAAACAAAGAGAAAGAGAGAGAGAGAGAGUUGGGGGAAAAAGGGGAGGAAAAUAAUGGGUUAGGGUUUGGUGUAAGGUUGGUGGGCAAUUGGGUAUGGUUAAAGAGAUAGUAUGGUUGGCUUGAGUAUUUUUCCUUCUCCAAUUGGGGGAAUGAAAUAGGCUUUGUGAGAGAGAGAGAGGGAUCCACUUUGUGAAGAAAUUAUUUUUUCCAAAUUGUGGGGGAGAGUAUGGUGUUGGGAUUUUCUAUUGUUUGGGGAGAGAUGGGAUCCACAGAGCUAUAUGGUACUUUGAUGGUGAAGUACCAUGAAAGGUAUAUAAUUUAUAUACACAUUUAUUUAUUUCAACAAAGUUUAUGGUGGUGGGCUGGUGGCCUGGUAAGUUGUAAGUAAGGCUCAAUCUUUCAAUUGGUAGAUUUAUUAUGGCAAUUGAAAGAUUGUCAAUGAGUCAUUUAUAUUUUAAGCUCGGAGGUGUUGAUAUGAUUGAUUGUGAUGAAUUGUUUUCUAGGUUGUUAUUGUAUAUGAGAAGGUUUAAACGUAGUACCGAUUCUUGGAUGGAUGGAUGGAUGUACGAAGUACGUGCUCGUGGGGAUCAAAAGUUCCAUCGAUCGAUCCAAGUGUUGGGACUAGUAUUGAUGACAGUUGCGGGAUCUGCUGAUUAGCAUUGUUGCUAUUGUUGCCUCGUGUGUGGGCGAGGAUAUGGGUGCGAGGCACCUAACUGCAUUAUAUCAGCACUAUAAACCGGAUUGCUUUCAAUGAGAAGGGUAAACUUUAGAAGUUGAGUAGGAUUUCCAAUGAAUUUAAGUAGGUCAUUUUCUUUCUUUUUCAUUAGCAAUUGGAUGAGAGAUACUCUCAAAUAACCUAUAAAAAUAAGAUACUCUU